CGCAAUCAUAUAAAAGGCAAUUGAGCACCAGCAGAACUCAGAUAUAAAGAUGCCUUCAUUGAAACUCGUUAUUAUUUCCUGUGUGUUGUAUUCGGUCAUCGCCGAUGAUCCGAUUCUAGAACUUCCAAAUGGAAAAAUUAAGGGCAAAGUCAUCACAACUAGAGCAGGAGUUGAUUUUUAUUCGUAUACCCAGAUUCCUUUUGCCAAACCUCCAGUAGGCGAUUUGAGAUUUAAGGCGCCCGAACCUGCCGAAAAAUGGGACGGUACUUUAGAUUGUACCCAAAGUACAAAGUUCUGCUACAACAUUGGAUCUAGCGAUGAAUCGCAAACUGAAGAUUGCCUCUAUCUUAAUGUCUACGUCCCUGUCAAUGGUACCGGGAAUAUGCCAGUUAUGUAUCAUAUUUUCGGCGGAGGAUUUGUUCAAGGAAAUGCACUGUUCGAAUCCAACGGGCCACACUAUUUUAUGGAAUAUGGCGUCAUAGUGGUCACCGUCAAUUAUAGAGUUGGGUCUUUCGGAUUUUUGUCGACAGGUAAUACCGUGAUUCCGGGAAAUUUCGGCUUGAAAGAUCAGAAUUUGGGUUUGAAAUGGGUACGAGAUAACAUCCAUUAUUUCGGAGGUGAUCCGUCAAAAGUGACGGUCUUCGGGUUGAGUGCUGGCGGAGCCUCCACCACUUUUCAUAUUAUCAGUAAACAAUCCCAAGGCUUGUUCCGAGCGGCAUUUGCCGAAAGCGGUUCUGCUCUAAAUCCUUGGGCUUAUCAACGAUACGCCAAUAAAAUUGCAUACCAAUUGGCCACAUUAAUUGAUCCUAACUUUAAUGAAUCGAGCACCAGUGAAAAAUUAUUAUCUUUCCUGCAAACUGUUCCUGCUAAAGAUCUGAACGCCGCCAGCAACAAUGUUAAUGUAGGUUACAUAGACGAAAUGGCUCAAGGUUUUCAUUUCGCACCAGUCGUUGAACCAGAACACGAUGAUGCUUUUAUCACCGAAACAGCUUAUGAAAGUCUGGAAUCAGGAAACAUUAACAAAGUCCCACUCAUCAUUGGCAUGACCUCCGAAGAGGGACUUUAUAGACUCAACAACGGAUAUUACCAGACGAACACCCAACAUACGUGAUCCCAGAAAAUAUGCAUAUCACUGACGAAACGACGAAAGAAACACUCGCUCAAACAAUUAAAAAAUUUUAUGUUGAUGGCAAUUGGUAUGAUCACUUAUGCGGUUCAAUGAAACAAUUCAGCGAUACAUGUUUCAACAGACCAUUGAUCAAAUACGCUCAACUUCAAUCCAAAUACACUGACGUUUAUUUCUAUGAGUUUGCCUACCAUGGUGUGUUGCCCGGUUACAACUUAUUCCUAGAAGGUUGUGGUAAAUGUAGACAUGCCGAGGAUGCUGACUACCUUUGGGCUUACGGUGGUAACGACCACAUCAGUGAUUAUAGGGAGGAGGAUAUUUUGACUUCGAAACGAUAUCUCACCAUGUUGACCAACUUUGCCAAGCAUCUGAAUCCAACGCCAGAACCGAUAGAAUUGUUGCAAAAUUUGACGUGGACUAAAAUGACCCCUGACCAACUCAACUAUUUGGAGUUUGAUAAAACUUUAGAAAUGAAAGUCAAUCCUAAACAGGAACGUUACAAUUUCUGGGUCGAUUUGUAUGAUAAAUAUGCUGUGGCACCUCUAGAUACAUAUUAAAUUUUGUUUUUCUUUUA